AUGGGUUCCGGGACGUGGCGCAAGGCCUACGGCGCGCUCAAGGACUCCACCAAGGUCGGCCUCGCCAACUUCAACAGCGAGUACAAGGAUCUGGACAUCGCCAUUGUGAAGGCGACGAACCACGUGGAGUGCCCGCCCAAGGAGCGCCACUUCAGGAGGAUACUCUUCGCGACCUCGGGGCAUCGCCCGCGAGCCGACGUCGCCUAUUCGAUAUGCACGCUGGCGAGGAGGUUGUCCAAGACCAGGAACUGGACAGUUGCACUGAAAACGUUGAUAGUGAUACACAGGCUGCUCAGAGAAGGCGAUGGCACAUUCAAGGAGGAUUUCCUCACCUAUUCAUACAGAGGGAACAUUCUGCAGAUCCCACAGUUCAAGGAUGACUCCAGCCCAUUAGGUCGUUGUGUUCAAUCUGCAUUUUUCCAUGGGUGCAAAAAUGUGCCUUCCCUCUUGGGACUGCUCCGCUUGGUUCGCACGUACGCGCUCUACCUGGACGAACGGGUCGAGUGCUUCAGGGUUCUCAAGUACGACGUCGAAUUAGAUCGUCUGCUCAAGUUACCCCACGCUUCUGGCAAGGCACACAGCAGAACAAGAACCCUGCCGCUCGGGGAACUUUUGGAUCAGUUGCCAGCAUUGCAGAAACUGCUUCUCAGGCUUAUUUACUGUCAGCCUGAAGGUGGAGCCUGCACAAAUUACCUUGUACAAUAUGCCUUAGCUCUUGUUUUGAAGGAAAGUUUCAAAAUAUACUGUUCAAUCAAUGAUGGCAUCAUCAAUCUUGUUGAUAUGUAUUUUGAGAUGCCAAAAUAUGAUGCAAUCAAGGCCCUUGAAAUUUAUAAACGAGCUGGUCAGCAGGCAGAAAAACUUUCUAAUUUCUAUGACCACUGCAAACAUCUUGAGCUGGCCAGGACUUUCCAGUUUCCCACUCUGAGGCAGCCGCCGCCUUCAUUUCUUGUGACAAUGGAAGAGUAUAUCAGAGAAGCACCCUGUGCCGAUACUGAGGAAAACCAUGAAGAGAAUCAACCUAGUGAUAAUGAAGAAGCAGCUCCACAGGAAGCCGAGAAACCUGUGGAAGAUGAAAAACAAGAAUCUGCAGAGCCUGAAGCAGAGCCACAACCUGCUGCUGGGCCUCUGGAAGAACCAGUGGAACCUCAGCCACGGGGCGACUACCGGGAUCUAUUAGUAUUUCCUCUAUGUUUCAAGAAGAAUCUACACUUCAGCUCAAUACCUGCUUCUUCCAAGCCUCAUGUUUUACUAAUAUAUGAACUGCAGAACUUGGAUGAAGAAGUAAACCCCAUGAUUGCAGACCUUGAAGAAAGCAAUGCACUGGCUCUUGCUAUUGUGGCACCAGGUAAUGAAAACAAGAUGUCAACUUCUCGAGACUUGUUUGCCCUUGACAAGGCUGGAUGGGAAUUGGCACUGGUUACUGCACCAAGUAACCACACAAAUCAACAAGUCGACAAUCAAUUGGCUGGGGGAUUUGACAAGCUAUUGCUCGACAGUCUUUACGAAGACGAGGCAAGGAGACAACAAAUAGCCAGUGUGACCUACACUGGAAGUCUUGCAGCAAACCCAUUUGACCCCAAUGAUCCAUUUGCCAUGUCAAAUAGCUUUGCGCCACCGUCAAAUGUGCAGCUAGCUAUGAUGGCAGAGCAGCAGCAGUAUUACCAGGCACAGCAGCAGCAGUACUAUCAAGUACAGCAGCAGCAGCAGAUGGUGAUGUUGCUGCCUCAAACAUACCAGCAGAAGUCCCAGUAUUCUGCCCCUUCUAAUCAAUCUGGAUUAUCCAAUCCUUUUGGUGAUCCAUUCAGUAGCCUCGUCACGAUGGCUAAUCCACCGAAGCAAAGCAAUUCAAAUUUAGUCUGA